GUGAGUACAUGUGAUGUCAGCUAAAUACAAGAGACAGUGAUCUCGCGCUGAUUAGGUUGCCUGCUACCAAAAUGUGACAGUGUAGUCACGCAGCUACCCUUGAAUACAUCCGUCUUCGCUUUAGAAAAGGAGGAGAAGACAGGGCGGCUAGUCAGCGGCUGCUCACACCAAGUUCGGUAAAAAUGGCGAGUUCUCUUCCUUUGGAAGCAGUGAUGUCCUGCCCAAGACACGAGACCAGGAAUGGAACCCCCGCCGCCCCAAAAGCGCUGGCCUUCUCCAUUGACAGAAUCAUGUCCAAGACUUCGGAACCAAAAAACGCAUUUGAGGACCGCCACGGAGUGGACAUUUCAGGCAGCAAGAAAAUGCUUAGCUUAUGUUCACCUAUUCCCUGCAUGAUCCCGAUUCAACCGUUCAGCUACGACCUUCAAGCAAAAGCCUUGAUGAACUACUCUGAAUUUUGGAAAGCUAAUUUUAGGGGGACGAUAUGUUCUUCUGCCUCAAUGUGCAAAGCCAAUUGUGGGUUGUGCACAAAAACGGACUCGGGUUUUAAGCACUCGCUAUUGCCAGGAACGCGGGUAAUAAAGCCCCAAGUAAUUCAUCAAACAGUGGCGGUGCCGACAAACGGCUCACUAUAUUAUUUCAACUAUUUGGACUCCGCGUAUCAUCCUGAUUUACUAAGUGGACAUUUAUUUUCUUCGAGCAUUGCGAAUUCUCAAGCACAUGCAUCCCUCACCGCACACCAGAGAUUACUUUUGCUUGAAAAUGCUAAAAUUGCCGGUGCUACAUCCGAAAAGUUUCCUACACCACAAUAUCCACACAAGGAGCAUCUUCCCGGACAACUGGACCAGAUCGUAAAGGAAAAUCACAGCAUGACUUCGGAGAAAAGUGGCGUGAAAGCGCACAAUAAAUUAAGCAACACCUCAACAGAUGGAAAACCGAAAAACUUCACGUGUGAAGUGUGUGGGAAGGUUUUCAACGCGCAUUAUAACUUAACUCGUCACAUGCCGGUGCACACAGGCGCCAGACCGUUCGUGUGCAAAGUGUGUGGGAAAGGUUUCCGUCAAGCCAGCACAUUAUGCCGACACAAAAUUAUUCAUACACAGGAAAAACCUCACAAAUGUAAUCAGUGUGGAAAAGCCUUCAACAGGAGUUCGACACUAAACACUCACAUACGGAUUCAUGCUGGAUACAAACCGUUCGUCUGCGAAUUUUGUGGAAAAGGUUUCCACCAAAAAGGGAACUACAAGAACCACAAACUCACGCACAGUGGCGAAAAGCAGUACAAAUGUUCCAUCUGUAACAAAGCUUUCCACCAGAUUUACAACCUGACCUUCCACAUGCACACGCACAAUGACAAAAAGCCGUUCACUUGUGGAACUUGCGGGAAAGGCUUCUGCAGGAACUUUGAUUUGAAGAAGCACAUACGGAAACUGCACGACAGCAAUUCGUGUUUAUCUUCUUCGAACGACUCUUCCAGAGGACUCCAGAGCUGAGCAAUAUUUCAGUUUCCGUCGGAUUCAGACAAUCACAAAUACGCCUAGUUUGGUGUAUAUAACUAACGAACAUUUAUUAUAUACAGAUAAUAAUUAGGCUCAAUCUCUCCUAUGGAAUUCAGAUCAUCUAUUUUUCUUUCAAUCAAAAUGAGUGUUAAUGACAGUUUAAGGACUACAUUGUAAAUAAUAUGUUUAAUAAAAUGUUAUUUAAAUGUUUUCCAUGGACGCAUUUUUUUUUGUUUUGUAAUGUAGAACGGCAAGUACUGUAAUACGUUAAUCGU